CCGCCAUCCUCACCCGAAAAGUAUCGGUGAUUGAUGAGAGGUUGUGAAGGGUUCCCACCACCGUCCUUCGACAGAGCUUUCUCACAAAAAGACCAACAACGACGACGAUGACUUCAAUCUUCAGUAUUGCAUCGGUUGCCAACCCAUCAAGCCAUGGAGAUCAUGGUGUCGUUAGUACCAUGACGAACCGCCAUCUGGCUGAGGAGAACAACAAGCUCAAAGAACAGGUCGCCGAAGGAAAACGGAAGAUUCAGACACUGGCAAAGAAGCUCUCUGCCGCGAAUGCCGAUGUCGCUAGGAGUGUCCAGAGCGUAGCUGUAUAUGAUACUCUAGAGGGAAAAUACAACCAAUGCAUCAAAGAGCGCAACGAAGCGAGGUCCGAGUUGGCAAAAGCACACCAAGAGGAGCAGGAUCUAUGCUGGAUGGUGGCCAAGCUUCAAGAACAGAUGACGCAGAUGGAGAAGACUCAUAGCCUUCAAAUGGAAACUAGCCGUGAAAAGAGUGAAGCCCUCAAGGACUUGCUGGAGAGUGUAUCGGCUCAGGCAUCGGAAUUGACCGCCAGCAAAGAAGCUGUCGAGUCCGAGCUCAAGGCUACCCAGUCCAAAGCCCAGACUCUGCAGGAUAAUCUCACAGAAUCAAAGAACACGCAGAGAAAAUUGCUUGAGGAUGUGAAGCAACUUUCCGCAGAAAAGGUCGAGAUGAGUAAGAAAAUUUCCAUCUUGGGGGCCAACAUCCAGGCGAACGAGCAGCACCGAAAGCAAAUGGAAGCGAAGAGCGCCACACUGGCCUACGAGAGAAACACUCUCAGCCGAGAGCUCAACAAGGCAAAUAUGGAGUACAAGAAGCUGUUUGCCACCAAGCAGUCUCUUGCUACAACAGCAGGAGAGCGUAGCCAGACAAUUGAAGCUAUGCGGAAAUCGAUUCAGGCCAAAGAUUCUGAGAACGUGCGUGUUGUUUCCGAGUUGGAUAUGGUCUCUCAUUCUCACGAUAUGGCACUCUUGGAAAUUGAUGCCUUGAAGAAGGCUUUGAAUGAUACAGUCAAGACCUUGGAAAAGAAGGAGGUCGAAGCCAAGACGACUCAAGAACAACUCGAGUCAGAGAUCAUGAAGCUUUCGGAACAAAAGGGUAGCUUGGACAUGGAACUGGAGUCUUCCCGCCAGGAGGUGUCCAGUCUCAAGGACUGUGUUGCAGAUCGCGAGGAGAAAAUCAAGCAAGAACAAGAGAAGCUAGCUGCGUUGGGCUGCUCAGAGAAGAUUCAAGUGCUAAGUGGAGUUGGAAAGAUUUCCUUCACCGAAAGUCACUUCUGAGCUCUAGCCAGCACUCAGGUCGUAUGCUUGCUGAUACGGUACCAAGUAUUCAUUUAGUUUUAGUCGAUACAAUAGCUACAUAGAUGUUGCAUUAAAAAUGUU